AUGGCGCCAGAAGGGCGGGACACGCCGUUCCGCUCGGCGGAAAUGAGCAUGGUGCAGCUCUACAUCUCGAACGAAAUUGGCCGUGAGAUUGUCAACUCUCUCGGCGAGGUUGGCCUCGUGCAGUUCCGCGAUCUGAACGAUGGCGUCAGUGCUUUCCAGCGAGCCUUCACGCAGGAGAUCCGACGUCUGGACAACGUGGAGCGACAGCUGCGUUACUUCGCGGCACAGAUGGAAAAGGCCGGGGUGCCUCUGCGGAAGCUCGACUUGGACAUGGAGACCCUGGCGGCACUGAGCACAGCCGAGAUCGACGAGCUGGCCGAACGCAGCGAGAGCCUGGAGCACCGAAUCUCUCAACUCAACGAGAGCUAUGAGACGCUGAAGAAGCGCGAGGUGGAGCUGACGGAGUGGCGCUGGGUGCUCCGUGAGGCCGGGGGCUUCUUUGACCGAGCAUACGGUAACGUGGAGGAGAUCCGAGCGUCGACGGACGACGAUGACGCGGACGACGACGCGCCUCUCCUGCAUGACGUGGAACAGCAGGGUCAGGUGACGACGGCAAACGGCAACGGCAACGGCAACGGCACAGGCAGCGAGCCACAGCCGGCGUCGUUCUCGGGGAUGAACAUCGGGUUCGUGGCAGGCGUGAUUGCCCGCGACCGUGUCGGAGCGUUUGAGCGGAUUCUCUGGCGGACGCUGCGCGGCAACCUGUACAUGAACCAGUCGGAGAUCCCGGAGGCGCUGGUGGACCCGAGCACGAACGAGUCGGUGCACAAGAACGUGUUUGUGAUCUUUGCGCACGGAUCGGAGAUUCUGGCUAAGAUCCGCAAGAUCUCGGAGUCGCUGGGGGCGGAGGUGUACAGCGUGGACGAGAACAGCGAGUUGCGACGGGACCAGAUCCACGAGGUUAACGCGCGGCUGAGCGACGUGCAGAACGUGCUGCGCAACACGCAGACGACUCUGGACGCCGAGCUCGAGCAGAUCGCGCGGUCGCUCUCGGCCUGGAUGGUGCUCAUCAGCAAGGAGAAGGCCGUGUACAACACGCUCAACAUGUUCUCAUACGACCGGGCUCGCCGCACGCUCAUCGCCGAGGGCUGGUGUCCGACGCACGACUUGUCGUUGAUCCGAUCGACGCUGCAAGACGUGACGGACCGGGCUGGACUGGCGGUGCCGUCGAUCAUCCACGAGAUCCGCACCAGCAAGACGCCGCCGACCUACCUCAAGACGAACAAAUUUACCGAGGCUUUCCAGACGAUUGUCAAUGCCUACGGCACGGCCACGUACCAGGAGGUCAACCCGGCGCUGCCCGUCAUCGUCACCUUUCCCUUUCUCUUCGCCGUCAUGUUUGGCGACUUUGGACACGCAACGAUCAUGCUCUGCGCGGCGCUGGCCAUGAUUUACUGGGAGCGGCCGCUCAAGAAGGUGACGUUUGAGCUGUUCGCCAUGGUGUACUACGGCCGCUACAUUGCGCUGGUGAUGGCGGCUUUUUCUGUCUUCACCGGCCUGAUCUACAACGAUGUGUUCUCCAAGUCGAUGACGCUCUUUGACAGUGCCUGGGAGUGGGAUGUGCCGGAGGACUUCCGUGACGGCAUGACCGUCUCGGCGCGGCUCAAGGGCGACCACCGCUACCCCUUUGGCCUGGACUACAUGUGGCACGGCACGGAGAACGACCUGCUCUUCAGCAACAGCUACAAGAUGAAGAUGAGCAUCAUCCUGGGUUGGGCGCACAUGACGUACUCGCUGUGCUUUGCCUACGUCAACGCGCGCCACUUCAAGCGGCCGAUCGAUAUCUGGGGCAACUUUGUGCCGGGCAUGAUCUUCUUCCAGGCCAUCUUCGGGUACCUAGUCAUCUGCAUCAUCUACAAGUGGACGGUCAACUGGCCGGCCAUCGGCCAGCAGCCCCCCGGCCUGCUGAACAUGCUGAUCUACAUGUUCCUGCAGCCGGGCACGCUAGACAUGCGGCUGUACAAGGGCCAAGAGCACGUGCAAGUCUUUCUGCUGCUGCUAGCCAUGGUCCAGGUGCCGAUUCUGCUGUUCUUGAAGCCACUGUACCUGCGCUGGCAGCACAACCGGACGCAGGGCCACGGCUACCAGGGCAUUGGUGAAGGCGCGCGCGUGAGUGCGCUGGACGACGACGACGAAACCACCGGCAAUGACCAUGCUGUCGUGGACGGCCGGCCCAGCCUGGGCAGCGAUGGCGAGGCCGUGGGUAUGCUGGCACAGGAUCUCAACGAGGACGGCGAGCACGAGGAGUUUGAGUUUAGUGAGGUGAUGAUCCACCAGGUCAUUCACACAAUUGAAUUCUGUCUCAACUGCGUCUCGCACACGGCUUCAUACCUACGUCUGUGGGCUCUGUCGCUGGCUCACCAGCAGCUGAGUGCCGUGUUGUGGUCGAUGACCCUAGGGCCGGCUCUGGCAAUGCAUGGCGUUGUGGGCGUGAUUGCCAUUGUCAUCACGUUUGCCAUGUUCUUCGUUCUUAGCAUCAUCAUCUUAAUCAUCAUGGAAGGUGUGUCGGCCAUGCUGCACUCUCUGCGUCUUGCCUGGGUCGAGUCCUUUUCCAAGUUUGCCGAGUUUGGUGGCUGGCCGUUCCAGCCUUUCUCCUUCAAGCAACAGAUGGAGGAAUCGGAAGAUCUGAAAGAGUACUUGGGCUGA